GUGAGCCUCGUUUCCAGCCUAUAGCCGCCCUUCUCCUACAUCAUCACAACAUGUCUCACUCUGCCUUCUUCACACAAAUCGACCCCAGCUCAUGCCAGCGUGCUAAGACUUUAAUAGUCUGGUCAUGCCAGCCAGCAUCGUGUUUUUUGUGACCUCGAAACAUGUCCCAAGUUUCUUAGGCUGGCUACCUACCUACCUUAUCGUGAGAACUUCUUGCCCAUCCGUUUUCAUGGCCAUACCAAGACGCUCUUCGUUUAGUACCUAACUAAAGCAAACGCUAGUUCCGUUCACCAAACUCAUCUCCAAGUCCAACGGCGAUAACGUCCAGGCCAACGAUCCACAGUACUACACCUCGGGCCGCAGCAGAAAUGUCACCACCCACCUUUCCAGCCCUUAACCAAGCCAUAGCGGCCCGGGCCGCCGCCCCCUCCUCCUCCUCCUUCACCACCACGGCUGCCGCCGCUUCCACACCAACCACAACCACAAAAUGCAACCACGAAUCCAUGCCCGACCUCUCCCAAAUCCCAGGCCUCCCGCAAUCCCGUUCCGUGUGGGCCAUCCCCAACUGGCCCGAGUCCCUAGCGGGCAUGACGGCCUGUUGUAACCUGAAGCCCGACAACGAGGUGCAUAUAGCUGAGCCGGACAGGUGCGCAUUAUGGUGUUUCAUCCCCGAUGAGUUUUUAUUCGAAAGGAAGAAAGAUGGAACGAAUGGAAAAAGGAGGGACGGCGCGGUGGCUGCGGAUGCGAUGGGGCAGUGUGUGAGAAACAAGGGAAACGUGACGGGGGCGUAUAUUACGGUUUGGCAGGUUAAGGAGGGGGGAGCACCGGGAUUGGGCAGGACUGGGAAGAUGAUGUCGCUGAAGAGGGUGGUGGGGAUGGGGGUUUGGGGGGUGGUUGUUUGGGGGGUUCUGGGGUGAUUGCUUCUUUGGGGACUGGGGAAUAUUUUGACGAAAUCCCCAAUUAUCAGUCGCGGGCUUUUCAUUUGGAAUUGUCGGGGGAAUGCUCUUCCUCCUUGAUGGUGCUGGUUUCGUAGAGGUCUCGACGUACCUCGCUAUUGUAGCGGCAUUCUUCAGUGGGUGCACUAACACUUAUAUAACACAUUACAGUCAAGUCUGCAAUUAGCGAUCAGAGCUAUAACGAUAAUCUGUUUAUAACGUUCAA